AUGGAGGUGUUUCUUUCCAAGAUCACCCACCAGGCCAUGAACUAUGCCAUUCGAUCUGGCAUCAGUAUAACCGCGACAUAUGCAAUCCAACAAUCGACUAGGUUGCUUAAAAAUGUUGGAGGCACCGAAAGAACAGAACUACUGGCUCUACAGAAGAGACUACAGAGCAAGAUUACGGUCAUAUCGCCUGCGAUAGAUAUGAUUGAAUUGAUAGCUGCUAGAGGGAACACGUCACUUGAAUCGGCUGUUUCCUUAACUAAAGCAAUAAGACACGACAUACAGUCACUUGCACGACGACUAGAAAAGGCAGCGUCAGCGGAGGAACUAGCUCACAGAGGGGCACUAUCAUCCAAAGCACGAGCCCAGAACGAGAUCGAGAUCAAACAUAUUAUCUCUGAUAUCCGCAAGGUGCUAGAAAAAAUCGAAGAUGCGGUACCGCUGAUGAAUUUGGCAAUCACAACAUCUGGCGCCAGGCUAUCUACGACUCUACCAUCCACGGUGUCACCAUCACGUUUGCUACAGGCCAGCACGUUUCUGAGUGCUUGUGAUACACAAUACUCCAUCCAACCCUCUAGAGCGGUACAAGUCGGCCCGACCUUUACACUAUCAGUGUACAUGCUCUUCAGCGGCCAUAUAAGGCAUUUUGAUGAGGAGAAUAUCCGAGAAACGACAUGGAAGGAAGUCAUACACAAAGCUCGAGUAAAACUCAGACGAGUUCCCAUGGACGUCUUUGCGGAUCCAUCAAACCAGAAACUGAGAAAUUCCGAUCUUCCUGCCACUGGAAGGGUAGACGAAUUCGCCUAUCAGAUUGUCAUUGUGGAGGAUCUAGAUGACGGCAGAGUGCACAAUUUCGAGGAAGGUGAAGCGCAGCCUGAAUCCUACGAAGGAGUCAAACUUGCUGGUCUUCGAGAAAUCGUCCCUGUUCAUCAAAUAUCCAAGAUCUUCUACGCGGACACCGGUAAGAUGCUCAACAUUGGAAAUGAAGGUGAAGCGAACAGUCCGGUCCUCUUGCUCAAGCGAGAUGUCAAUGCUAUUCCACCACGUCGAAUGCUUGACAGGAACGAAACGAUGUACAGCGAGCUUAGUGAAGAGACCCUAGAAGAGGAACCAGAGGAAAGUCAAGCAGCACGAGAUGAAAUACAAGCUCAACUCGAUGCGCAAUUAAACACCGCGCAACCAGAGGAAGAGGAGUUAAGUUACUUUGAGUCUUUGUCAGAACGCCAUAUACCUGCCCCUUGGCGUCUGCCACCUGGACUGGAUCCGGAGUGGGUAGCCUUUGAAGUGCAUCAGGAGGAAGACAAAGAUGACGAAACAGAUACCGACGAUGAAGAAGAAACCCCAAGCACUGGCGAUGCUACAUCUCGCAUGGCAAAUUUGAACCUUGAUGACAAAAAAGGUCCUUCGUCACAACAAAUAUCAUUUUCAUCUUCCCAUGACCUCUCUGCAUCGACCGCCUCCAACCCACUUUUUCACAAUAUCCGCACUUCGCUAUCUCUCCUCGAAACCCUCCUUCGUCUCACAUCUCUGCAACAAUUCCAACAACAAUCGCAUCUCUCAAUUACCGACGAACUCCUCAACUUCUUCCUCGAAGAAUCCUCCACCACCGGUGCGGGAGGCGACGAACAACACCGACAGCGCGUACGCACCGAAGCCCGGCGGAAAGUAGGCUGGGAUCCGUACGAUGAGUCGCCACUCAAGCCUCGCGGGGAAGAUUAUCAGUAUCAGUACAACGAUGAUGAACAUUGGACGCCAACGGGAACUCCAGCACGGCAUGCGUAUCGAGAGACAAGUGUUGACCCUGCAUCGCCUAGUAUAUCGGAAGAGCGGUAUCAGACACGGUCGUCGCGAGAGCAAACGCCGCCAUUGUCGUCGCCGGGUCUGCCACGGCAAAUGUCCCGACAGGCGGCACCUACAGGUGGGAGAAGGGGCGGUUUGCCUAAAGUCUCACCGUUGUCUAGGCGGCCAACUACAGCGCUUACAGAUGAGGGGUUAGGAACGAGUCCUGGCGCUGGGCAGGGGUCUGCAACAAAGUAG